CAUAUAUAGGGCAUCGUAUUUAUCAUAUUCAGUUAAAAAAUUAAGUAUGGUGUAGUAUGGUAUGCAUCAGGUAAACGUGAAGCACGGAACACUUUACCCCGCAGCCUGAAUCUCCACACGGAUGAAUUUACGGGUCGGACCAAAACAGUCUUGGAGGCGGAGGUUACAGAGAGGUUUUUAGUAUUCAAAUAUCGUUGGUCUUACUUCUGUAGGACCAGGCAUAGGGAGCAGGCGAGAUGCGGGGUGCGGUGCGCUGGGUGCUGUGGGAUGUGAAGGACACGCUGCUGAAGGUGCGGCACUCGGUUGGGGAACAGUACUGCAGUGAGGCGUCACGUCUCGGCCUGGACCUGCCGCCCUCACAGGUGGAAGCUGCCUUCAAACAGGCUUACCGCCGCCAGGCCAAACUCUACCCCAACUAUGGCAUGGCCCAGGGCCUGGGGGGACACCGCUGGUGGGUGGCCGUUGUGAAGGACACUUUCAGCCAGUGUGGGGUGCAGGACCCAGCGAUGCUCGACAAGCUGUCCUUCAACCUCUACCAUAACUUCAAAAACGCUGAGAACUGGGAGGUGUUUCCAGACUCUGACCGUACACUAAGGAGCUGUAUCGCCAUGGGGCUGAAGCUAGGUGUGGUGUCCAACUUUGACAACCGCCUGGAGGGUAUCUUGCACAGCUGUGGGCUUCUUCCCCAUUUCAGCUUCCUGCUCACCUCAGAAGGGGCCAAGGUGGCUAAGCCUGACGCAGCCAUCUUCCACCAGGCCUUGCAGCACUGCGGGGCUCCUGCCUCUAGUGUGGCUCACGUCGGGGACCACUAUGUCAACGAUUACCUCACAGCACGCUCUCUGGGCAUCAGCGGGUAUUUGCUGGACAGGCAGAGCAGCACACAGCACGCAGAUGUUCCCCCUCAGCACAAGCUAAGCAGUCUGGAUGAACUGCCAGCCCUUCUAGAGCAAAAUCUAUUAUAGGUCUCUUUAACUUUUAUCCAGGGCAGGGCAGGAAAUGUGCAAUGAAAAGAUUUAUAGGUCCAUAAUUGUGCACUGGAGAUUAAUCAUGUACACUUUUACCUCGAUGACUGAUGGGGGUAUAGAUGAGACAUUGAAAUUCACAUGUAAUUAAAAUCCAAUCGAUAAGUCACCAAAACUGCUCGUUUAUCUUAUGGAUUAACUUGUCAAAUCUCGAGAGAAUGAGCUUUGAUGGUUAUACAUUAAACAGUUGGAUGGUUUUACACACAAUCCUUUUGGGUCAUUCCACGGCAUAUCAGCUAGACCCUUAAAUUUCACGUCAUAGAUUUUCAUGAAAAAAAAAAGAUGUAUUUAAUGUGUAUUUUAUUACUGUAGCUGUACAAAAUCUUAAAGUUGUGCACCCAACAGUUUUUGUGUUAAAAAUGUGUAAAGUACCAAAACUGGAGUCAUUUUUGCUGGACUGAAUCCACAUGCGUUUAACCUCACCAAUGCCUAAAAUUCAUUUAGCUGAAAUGUAUACUGAAUAUAUUGAUCGGUGUUCCUUUUAGCUAUGAAAUAAAGUGAAACAGGGUGUAGCGUGCAAACAUCACUGUCUACAAAUUAA